AUGGCAGCAGCGGCCCUCACUUUUGUUCCAUCAAAAAGUGUGACUUUUAUGCCAAACACUUCCAAACAAAUGGCAGAAAUGACAAUUACCAAUGAUACAGACAAAACGUACAUGUUCAAAAUGAAGAGCACAAGGCCAGGAAUGUUUAAAAUGCGACCUGUUUAUGGAGCAGUUCAGCCUAAUGAAAAGACAACAGUCAAGCUAAUCUUCAAAGGUCUUAGACCUGGACAAGAGGCACCAAGGAAAGAAAGAUUUACUAUUGUAACAGCAGUAGCCCCUUCGGCUACAACAAAUAUGGAACUAGUCUGGAAACAGGCAAAAUAUCAAGAGAAAUUAUGCGAAGGUGACGUAGGGAAGAAGAAGUUUCGGAUACUCUUCUUCGGUAUAAACGACCAAGAGGAGGACGAUGAGGGGAAAGAAAAAGCAGAUGAGAAGAAGAAACCCGACGCAGCCGAUGAUAAGGAUAAGGACAAGGAAAAGGAUAAGGACAAGGAGAAGGAUAAAGGUAAAGAGAAGGAAAAGGAGAAGGAUAAGAGCAAAGAGAAGGUCAAGGAUACUUCGAAAGAGAAUAUUAAGAACACCAACAUCACGAAGGAGAAGGAAAUCAUAACAAAUGUCAUUGUCAAGAAAGAAUUCGUUCAAGCUCCAGCAAAGAAACUUGUGAUAAUGAUGUAUCGUGAUCCUAAAGAAGAGGACUCGUUGAGUGGUGAAGAUGACGAGGAUGCAGACAACGCCCAGCCGGUGAAACAACCCUCACAGCCGAAAGCAUCAAAGGAAGCAGGGAAACCGGACGCAAAUAACGCGGCUCCAGGACCACCAUCAAAACCACCACCAAAUAAAACGGGUCCAGCACCACCGAAACCGCCGCCAUGUACAGCAAAGCCACCUCCAAAAGUUGCUGGGAAACGUUGA